AUGUCGUUUCUAAAUGGCUCCAGACUAACUCCAGCCUCAUUCAUCCUAAAUGGCAUCCCUGGUUUGGAAGAAGUGCACCUGUGGAUCUCCUUCCCUCUGUGCACCAUGUACGGCAUCGCCAUCACAGGGAACUCCGGCCUCAUGUACCUCGUCUACUCUGACGAGGCCUUGCACAGACCAAUGUACAUCUUCCUAGCCCUUCUCUCCUUCACAGACAUGCUCAUGUGCACGAGCACGCUCCCCAACACCCUCUGUGUCCUGUGGUUCGACCUCAAGGAGAUUGACUUCAAGGCCUGCCUGGCCCAGAUGUUCUUCGUGCAUACUUUCACGGGGAUGGAGUCCGGGGUGCUCAUGCUCAUGGCCCUGGACCGCUAUGUGGCCAUCUGCUACCCCCUGCGCUACGCCACCAUCCUCACCAAUCCCGUCAUCGCCAAGGCUGGGCUCCUCACGUUUCUUCGAGGUGUAAUGCUUGUUAUCCCUUUUGUUUUCCUUACCAAGCGCCUGCCCUUCUGCAGAGGCAAUGUCAUACCCCACACCUACUGCGACCACAUGUCUGUGGCCAAGAUAUCCUGCGGCAACGUGAAGGUCAAUGCCGUCUACGGCCUGAUGGUGGCCCUCCUGAUCGGGGGCUUCGACAUCCUGUGCAUCACCGUCUCCUACACCAUGAUCCUCCGGGCGGUGGUCAGCCUCUCCUCGGCAGAAGCUCGGCAGAAGGCCUUCAGCACCUGCACUGCCCACAUCUGUGCCAUCGUCAUCACCUAUGUCCCAGCCUUCUUCACCUUCUUUACCCACCGCUUUGGGGGACACUCCAUUCCCCCACACAUACAUAUUAUUAUGGCCAAUCUCUAUCUACUUAUGCCUCCCACAAUGAAUCCUAUCGUCUAUGGGGUGAAAACAAAGCAGAUACGAGAACGUGUCAGUAGGAUCUUGCUUAAGGAAAAGGACAGCUCUUCUCAUAAUAUUUAAGUAGAGUCUUCUGCGAAGUUAGAGUCCUCUUAGCUUGAGAGCAUCAGGUCAAUGGGGAGCCCUCCCAGUGAAAGCAGGUAUCUGGUCACUGGCAACAUUUGUAGGUGACUUUUAUUUUUCUACUUCUACACAUGCAGGCACAGACCUCUUCUGAAAUCCCAUGUUCUCCAAAGCCUCUUUCACUCAUAGGAGACUUCCACGUUCAAUGCAUCUGAUCUUCACAGACAGAUGUCUUCUCUCCUGAACGACAGUCUACAAAAUGAUCCAGUGGUUGGCUCAUGAGGACUGGAGUUGAACUUUUAAGACAUAUUUAAAUCCCUGGCAAAACGUG